AUCUGCAUCAAAUUUCAUCUUUGCUAGUUUAAGUUUGGUACUAGUAAAUAAAGCCUUUUAAUCUUUGAAUGACGACAAUACUAACUUAACAAGGACAAAUAUGCACGCACUUAAAUACUCACAUGAGUGAUAUCUGUAAGUACAAAAUGAACUGAGGAUCUUCCAAGAUAUUCCAAAUACUAAAGCAGUUAUGGAUAAUGUGGAUCGAGUGCGAAAUGAUCUGGCAAGUUUUAAUCUGAACGACGAAAUAGCUGGUCCAAGUGAUUCGCCUUUACGACUAGCUGAAUCCGCAGCCGCGGUAACGCAUCAUCCAGAAGUACUAUCACCGUACAAUCCGGGUGAUCAGACUGAUGUGGCACCUGUGUUUUCGCGUCCGUUCCCCAUAGAAGGUGCCGAACAGAUAAUUGUCGAGCCCGUUAGCGUUCCUCUGGCGGCAGCGGACGAUGAUAACUCAACGGAAGGUUCCUCUCUGAUUCCACAAAUCAGUCCCCAAUCAGCUCUCAAUCCGGAUGUGGAUGAUGAAAGUAUUUUUACCUCUGCGCCAUCCGCGGUUGCUGUGACCAGACUUCCGCCUUGUUAUGCUUCGUUGAAAUUAGCACCUGUUGCACUUUUCUUCGGACUUGCGGUGGGAAUCGCUGGACCAAUCGUAACGGAAUUAGUCAAAUUGCGGGUUUGCGAAAAGGAAUAUGCUUUCCAAAAUGACACGUGUCAAAAUUUAAAUGACGGUCAUCACCGAAAAGAAAAUGAUUUGGUUGUGUCCACUGCAGCACAUUACUCCUUUCUACUCAGCUUGACUGCUAGCUUGCCAAGCAUCCUGUUCGCGGUGUUUACAGGCUCAUGGAGCGACCACUUCGGACGGAAACUCCCGAUGAUGAUCCCAUUUUGUGGAAUGGUGCUAAGUGGCAUUCUGCUAAUUGUGUUUGCCUAUGUGCCCACACAUCCGCUUGUCCUUCUUGUAUUCCCUUUUGUGUCGGCCUCUUUGGGGGGAUGGAUCAUUGCGUCGGCCGCCAUCUACAGCUACCUGGGUGACUACAGCAGUCCCGCCACGUUGGCCAUCGAUAUCGCUGUAUUCGAUGGUAUCUUGAAUUUGGCGUCCAACAUUGGAUCUAUUGUCGGCGGGGUGCUGUACGGGCAGUACGGAUUCCCGUACCCGAUGAUUUUGUACUCUGGCCUGUUAACUCUGAUCAUUGUGUAUAUGGGUAUCGCUGUCAGUGAUCGGCGGGUGUUGGUGCGGGAAUUCAACCGGCAUAGUUUUGCCCGCCUGUUUACCACAAAAAACGUCAAAGAGAACUAUGAAAUGUUGACUAAGGAACGGAUAGGCAGGACAAAACGGCAUAUAUGGCUCUUGCUGUUCAGCGCGGUCAUCGGACUAAUUUGUGCUGUUGGAACGGGUGCUAUACAGCAACUGUUUUUCGAGACGGCUCCGUUAAACUGGAGUACGAAGCAGUAUACCAUAUUUUCGGCAAUGACAGGAAUUGUGACUGGUUUAGUGGUGAUGGCGACGGUGCCGUUACUGAAACAAUUCUUCCACUUUGCUGAUACCACCGUGGGAAUCGUGGGGAUUACAUCGGCGAUAUUCGCAUUAAUUGCCCUUUCCGCUACGACAAAAAUUUUUAUGGCUGUUGCGUAUGCAGCGAUAGGAGCCCUGAGUAGCUUACAAUUUGUUUCUCUUCGUUCUCUCUUAACUAACUUGGUCGACGAGAACGAGCGUGGGAAGAUGAUGUCGGUCAUUGCAUCAUUUCAGGCAGUGUUCCCGCUUUUAGGAACCCUUAUCUUCACAUCAGUGUUCUCGGCCAGUGUAUCCUGGUGGUCGGGAUUUGCUUUUGCCUUGGCGGCAAUGAUAAUGCUCAGCGCCUUAGCAGCUUAUUGUUAUAUUGACGUGGACCGGCGACAAGCAGUUUAUGGUCCAGAGAGCAAUUUACGGCAGAGAAAGUCGAACUGACGUAACCAGUUUAAUAUUUAUCCCUUUUCAUUCCGGUUUUUGUUGGUUUUUAUAUAGUACGAAGUACGACUAAUGCUAGUACGACUAAUCUCGAUUUUUCAAGAAGCCAUUUAAUAAAAGCAGAGGCCAUGCAUGUAAUUUAUCAGUUAUCACAGACAAUUUUGAUUUUUCACUUAGGCC